AUGGCCAAUCCUUACCCAUUGUUAUUAUAUCAGCAACAAAACGUGGAGAAAACGGCUGAAAAAUCCAAAGGCAAUGAAAAUUCAGCAAGUUUGGCAGGAAAAACCGAAACGGAAACUACGGAAAUCACAAGCAGGGGAACUGUCGAAAAUAUAUCCUUCUCUUCUGAAGAAAAUGAACAAUCCGGAAUUGAAGCAGAAUUGCCAAUAGGAGUAAAGACAAAAACUUUCUUGAAAGAUGGAGAAACAAUUGAAAUUGAUAAAAAACGUUACAUUAUAGAUGGACCAAUAAAAGGUGAUUAUGGUAUUGUUGGUCUAAUGGAAAGAGGAAACUCAAAAGCAUUGUUUGCUUUGCAUUACGAAAUACGAAACUGCAAAAUUAAAAGGCUUCAGGUCGAAAUAAACGUGUUGAAAAGUAGCAAAAAAGUCAGAAAACUAACGCAUAUUUUUCCCUUAAUUUCACAAGGAAAGAAUACAAAAGUUAAUAUAAGAUAUUUUAUGACAAAAAUGUUUGGCGAAACGAUCAGUGACCUCCGUGAUAGGUUUGGAGAAUUUUCCACAGCUACGAGCCUGAAACUUUCAUAUUUAGCCAUUGAAUGCAUAGAAGAAAUUCAUAAGAUAGGAUUCAUUCAUCGAGAUAUAAAGCCAGCAGUUUACGCAAUUGGAUUGGAAUCAGAAAGAAGCCAGUUAUUCCUUCUUGGAUUUGGCCUUGCACGAUGUUAUAAAACAACAGACAAGAAUGCAUCAGUAAAAAAACGUGAUAAAGUGCAUCGAAUGGGCAAUAUCCAUUACAUGUCAAGGAGCUCCCAUAAAUAUCUUGAACGCUCACGUAAGGAUGAUUUGGAAAGUUGGCUUUACAUGAUUGUUGAAUUUUUCUUGACUACAUCAUCGUUGCCAUGGGAAGAUGAAAAGAACAAUGUGACGGUGCUGAAAAGAAAGGAAGCGUUUAUGAGUAACGAUUAUCUCAAAAUAUUUAAAAAAUGUAAAGGAUUGCCAGCUGGUGUAAAUACCAUUUUACGUCAAAUAAAUAGCUUUCAAUAUGACACAAAACCGGAUUAUCAUUUAAUUAAAAACAUCUUUCGGAAUGCUAUUGUGAGCGGCAAUUAUAAGUCUGAGAAACUGGACUGGCUGAAAGGUAAAGAAGAUGAAAUGGUAGCAGCAGGCGCAUGUGAAUCCAAAAUUUUCAAUGUAAAAUCUGAAAGGGAAAAAGAAUUCAGCCAGCGCUCCCAGAGAUCGAUUAGGCAAGAAAAGAAGGGAUGCGAUUUGGAAUCGAAAGCUAUUGACGAACAACGUUCUGUAUUUAUGAUGCCGAAAAUUAACAGUCCCAAAUCAGAAACACUAAAUCUAAAAGAUGCGAAAAGCUGUUACUACACGCCUACGAUCAAUGCUGAUAAAAGUUCAUAUAUGUUGGAAACGAAGGCUUCCAAAUCAAAGUCUGGAAUGAAAAAUACGAAAUCGAAAUCACGAAAAUCUCGAAAUCGUUAA